GAGACGAGCGCGGUGUGCUUUCUCUCCCAUCUGCUUGGGUACCAGGCGGGGUCGAUGUGCGUUGUUGUGGCGAAGCGCGCCGGCGCAGAGCAUCUUUUUACGACCUCGGAGCAGUCAGGCCAGGCGCUCAAAAACGCCAUUCACAUCGCCCUGGAGGCCAUUGUUGCCGUGGGGUAA